CGUAUCAGAGACGCUGCCAUCUUCCUCUUCCCCCUCUCAUGUGUUCAGAUCUCUUUUCUCUGUUCUCUGUGAUCUGAGGAAGAAGAUUAGAAGUUGCCAGUUCUCCUAGGUUUUUUUUUGCUCAAUCUGAUUAAUUUAAAUCAAUCGACAUGGCUGCUCCACCAGCUAGAGCUCGAGCGGAUUACGAUUACCUCAUCAAGCUUCUUUUAAUCGGCGACAGUGGUGUUGGUAAGAGUUGUCUCCUUUUACGUUUCUCAGAUGGUUCCUUCACAACUAGCUUCAUUACAACCAUAGGUAUUGAUUUUAAGAUAAGAACCAUUGAGCUUGAUGGAAAACGAAUCAAAUUGCAAAUCUGGGACACUGCUGGUCAAGAACGAUUCAGGACAAUCACAACUGCAUAUUAUCGUGGAGCCAUGGGUAUUCUACUGGUGUAUGAUGUAACUGAUGAAUCAUCCUUUAACAACAUCAGAAAUUGGAUUCGUAACAUAGAACAACAUGCAUCUGAUAAUGUAAACAAGAUUCUUGUUGGAAACAAAGCUGACAUGGACGAAAGCAAAAGGGCUGUUCCUACUUCAAAGGGUCAGGCACUUGCUGAUGAGUAUGGAAUUAAAUUCUUUGAAACUAGUGCAAAAACUAAUAUGAAUGUGGAGGAGGUGUUUUUCUCAAUAGCUAGGGAUAUAAAACAAAGACUUUCAGAAACUGAUUCAAAAGCUGAGCCUCAAACAAUUAAGAUUAACCAAGGAAACCAGGGAGCAGGGUCUUCACAAGGUGGUGAGAAAUCGUCAAGCUGUUGUUCUUAAUAAAAACCAAAGAAAGGGCAGGGUAGUUAUGACGUCAUUAAUGUUUUCUUUUAUUUGUUAUUUUGACACUAUUUUCAAUUUCGUUUACAAAUUUGUGUUUCUAAAGUUGUUACUUGUUCUAAUCCCAUUAUGAGAAAAAUCAAUUUAUA